AUGGCGACCAGCACAUCGAAAGUCUUUCCUGAUGAUCAAGCCGUUCUAAACCAGCCUCACCAACCUCUGAACUUAGAUUUUCCAAAGCGCCCCUUUGGGAAGAAGGCGGAGUUGCGUUGCUUCAGGCCAUCUUGGUUUCAUCAGUGGCCAUUUCUUCACUACCACGAGGCUGACGACGUCGUGUUUUGUCACCUGUGCGUGAAAGCUUUGGCUCUCAAACCGAUCAAAUUUUCAAACUGGAAAGAUGCAACCACAGGAUUCAAAAACCACGUAAAGAGUGCGUGUCAUCGUGAAGCAGUUGAAGUUCUUGUCACUCUUCCUGUCACAACCAGGGACGUUGGAGAACAUAUUUCUCAUGAGCAUGCUGUCCAGAAAGUCAACAGUCAACAAGCGCUUCUUCAAGUACUGUCGUCUGUGAGAUUAUUGAGUAAGCAGGAUCUUGCUUUUAGAGGAGAUGGAGAUGAAUCAGAUGGUAAUCUACAACAGCUGCUUUGUCUACAGCGUGAGAAACACCCUAACCUAGCUCACUGGCUGAAACGAAAGGAGAUUGUCUACAAAAGUUCACAAAUUCAAAAUGAAAUGAUCAAAACAUUGGGCCUCCAAGUGCUACGAAAUAUUGCCACAGACAUACAUAAUUCCCCAUUUGUAACGGUGAAGGCUGAUGAAACUACUCAUGUCUCCAACAGAGAGCAAUUUACAGUCAUCAUUCGUAGAGUUUCAGAAGACUUGCAAGUGGAUGAAGAGUUUAUUGGACUUUACCAAACCUCAACUACUGAUGCUGCAACCCUUGCAGGUUUAAACAAGGCCGUCUUCAUAAGACUGAAUGUGAGUAUGAAAAAGCUUCGUGGACAGUGUUUUGAUGGUGCCAGUGCUAUGAGUGGCUAUAGAACUGGUGUUGCUAAACGCGUUAAUGAUAGUGAGCCAAGAGUAGUCUUCGCCUACUGUUACGGUCAUGCUUUAAAUCUCGCUGCAAAUGACACCCUAAAGCAAUCAAAGUUGAUGAAAGAUGUACUAGACACAACUCGGGAAAUCACAAAACUGAUCAAAUAUUCCCCACGUAGGAAGGGAAAAUUUAUGAAGUUGAAGGAGAGCUCGCCAGCUAGUAGUACAGGUAUCAGAGUACUCUGCCCUACUAGAUGGACAGUGAGAGCUGAUACGCUCUCAAGCAUUAUCAGUAACUAUGAGGCAUUGCAGAGUACAUGGGAGGAGGCCCUUGCAAUAACAAAGGACACAGAAGCCAAGGCCAGAAUCCAAGGGGUGUCAGCCCAAAUGGAUAUGUUUCAGUAUUUGUAUGGUAUCAUGCUAAGUGAAAUGAUACUAAGACACGCGGACAAUCUGAGUAGAAAUUUACAAAAUAAGUCUUUGUCUGCAGAAGAAGGUCAACAAGUUGCUCAGAUGACUGUUGAUACAAUCACAUCACUUCAAAAUGAUGAUGCCUUUGACCUGAUGUGGGAGAAAGUGAGUAGGAAAGCCAGAACUUUGAAUGUCAGUGAACCACAGCUACCCCGAAAGAGGAAAUGCCUAGGAGGCUUUGCGAGGGUUCGUGUGAAGGGGACUUUCAUGAGACCUCAAAAGAACACUAUAGACAGUGCUAUUAUGAAGCACUCGAUCUCAUUAUCAACUGCAGCCAAACCGCAGGAGUUAGAAGAUGAUCUGAAAGCGGUUUGUGCAUUCUAUAAAGAUGACUUUGACCAGGAGAUGUUGUAUGCAGAACUUCAAACGUUUGGAGUUCACUUCCAACAAACGUAUCAACUUCAAUCAAAGGAGGCCAGCACAAAGAUGACCAUCUUUGACAUAAAGUCUUAUUUUCUCUCGUUGUCUCAUGGUCAGAGGGUCCAUUUAGCACAAGUGAAGCGCCUUUAUCAACUUGUGUUGGUCAUGCCAGCCACCAAUGCGUCAUCUGAAAGAUAA